ACCUUUUCAGGGGAAGAGGGCUGGUGACCUCUGACCCUUUCUGACCUGGGGGGAGCUGGUGCCCUCUGGCACGUGCCCUCCCCACUCACUUCUCCAAGGCCACAUGGGGGGGAGGGAGUUUGUGCUGCCUGAGCCCUGCCCCACUAGCUGUGGGAUGGGUGGGUGGGGCAGCCCUGAGAAAGCUCCUGCCCCCUCUCUCUUACUACACAAGGUGAAGAGGAAAUCUGGGCUGUGUAUGGCCGGCUAAUACCUUCUGCUUCUCCUUCCCAGCCAGCAUGCCAUAGAGUGCCCCCCCCCCCCCCGCCACCCUCCCGCUGACUAGGGGUCAGUGCAGCUCGGCCUUUUGGACACCUGACUCUGAAGCACACUGGCCACCCAGCCCUUUGACUGCAUGUGAGAAAUGGCAAAUGCCGAAGUGAGUGUCCCUGUGGGGGAUGUGGUGGUUGUACCAAGCGAAGGAAAUGAAGGGGAGAACCCGGAAGAUACCAAAACCCAAGUGAUACUACAGCUACAGCCAGUGCAGCAAGGUUUGUUUAUCGAUGGACACUUUUACAACAGGAUUUACGAAGAGGGCUCUGAGACCAGUGCCGCUGUGGUGGCUGUAGAAACACAUACCAUACACAAACUAGAAGAAGGGAUUGACCCCAGCACCAUUGAAACCAACGAGGAAAUUGAGAUUGCCUACCCCAUCACCUGUGGGGAGAGCAAAGCCAUUCUCCUCUGGAAGAAGUUUGUCUGUCCAGGAAUUAACGUCAAGUGUGUCAAGUUUAAUGACCAGUUGAUCAGCCCUAAGCACUUUGUUCAUUUGGCUGGCAAGUCUACCCUGAAGGACUGGAAGAGAGCCAUUCGCCUUGGAGGAAUCAUGUUGAGGAAGAUGAUGGACUCUGGGCAAAUCGACUUCUACCAGCACGACAAGGUUUGCACCAACACCUGUCGAAGCACCAAAUUUGAUCUCCUGAUCAGCAGUGCCAGAGCACCGGUGCCAGGGCAACAGACAAGUGUGGUGCAGACGCCCACAUCAGCUGAUGGGAGCAUCACCCAAAUUGCAUUGUCCGAGGAGAGCAUGGAGGAAGGGAUUGAAUGGAACUCUGCUCUGACAGCUGCUGUCACCAUGGCCACUGAGGAGGGCAUCAAGAAGGACACAGAGGAGAUUUCGGAGGACACGCUGAUGUUCUGGAAAGGAAUAGCCGACGUGGGGCUGAUGGAAGAGGUCGUCUGCAACAUCCAGAAAGAGAUAGAAGAGGUGCUGAAAGGUGUCCAGCAGAGGCUCGGCCAGUCUCCCUUCCAGAUCACAGAUGCUGCAGUCCUGAAUAAUGUGGCCCACACUUUUGGCUUGAUGGACACAGUCAAGAAAGUUUUGGACAACAGGAAAAGCCAAACGGAGCAGGGAGAAGAGCAGUUUCUUUAUACUUUAGCAGACCUGGAACGCCAGCUGGAGGAGCAGAAGAAGCUCGCCAGGGAUCAGAAGAUAAAGUCUCAGACGAUCCAGAACGUAGUGCUGAUGCCGGUCAGUGCUCCAAAACCCCCUAAGAGACCUCGUCUGCAGCGCCCGGCCUCAGCCACAGUCUUGAGUCCCUCCACCCCCGUCCAGCAGCCUCAGUUCACAGUCAUCUCACCCAUUGCCAUUGCCCCUAUGGGACAGCAAUUCUCAGUGGGCAACAUUCCGGUGGCAACCAUCAGCCAGGGAUCCAGCCCAGUGACUCUUCACACCUUGCCAUCCUCACAGCUCUUCCGAUAUGCCACCGUGGUGUCUUCCUCCAAGUCCAGUUCAUCUGACACUGUAACCCUUCAUCCGUCCUCGAGCUUGGCCCUGCUGAGCUCAGCUGCUAUGCAGGACAGCGGUGGCCUGGCUAACGUGGCCACAGUGGUGAACCCUGUGGAACUGGUGGCCAUGGAGUCUGGCCUGACCUCUACCAUCCAAGCUGUUGAGGGCACCUCAGAAGAUGGACAGACCAUCAUAGAGAUAGACCCAGCACCAGAUCCUGAAGCAGAGACUGAGGAAUCAGAGGGCAAAGCUGUGAUUCUGGAAACUGAGCUGAGGACAGAGGAGAAAGUGAUGGCAGAGGUUGAGGACCAUCAGCACCAGUCCAAAAACGGAAAAAGCUGGAGAAACACGGAGAGGCCCAAGAAAAGGCUCCAUCUCUGUGGAGUGAUGGACAAAAUCAACCAUUUCUGCAGGGAGGAAGGAGGAGUGAUUCUGCAGACCGGAAGAGGAGAGCACCUCUCCUUCCUGAGCGUGCACAGUGAUACAGUCCAUAUUCUUGUUUGUGCCCAGGCCUGGUCAUUGCUAGGACUAUUUUAUUUGAGAGAGACUCUCUGGCCAGUCACUGGAGCACUGAUCUUACUGCUGGAAGGGGUUGAUUAUUGCUUUGGGGGAAACAGGUACCUCAUUUUUAUUUUUUCCCAGGGAAGAGAAUUCUGUCCAACUCCUCAUUAUCAACUAUGCUGGUAUUUUGCUUUUGGCAAGGAAGCAGCAACCCUGACUGUAGUGUUCAUUGUCCCCUUUCCCACACCCUGUGGUUUUUUUUGUUUUGUUUUGUUUUGUUUUUUGCUUUGCUCUCCCUUCCCCUUUCCAGAUCUGCUGGCUGCUAAAGUGCUUAAGCUGCUUUUGGGUUCUGUCACCCAAAUCCUGCUUCUUCCCUUCCUGGUCUUCUCCCUCCCAGGCCUUGUAAGUUUCUUUGCCACAGGACACUGUUACAAGACACUGCUCGCUUCAGCCUGGUGCAUAAAGGAGAAGAAUCAAUGCACUGGUAAAAACACAGCCCUCCCUUUAGCAUAGCGCUGACCUCCUGGAUAUAUAAAGCGUGUGUUGUGCUGUUGCUUCCUGGGAGAGCUGGACUCCACGGGGCAGGAGCCCCAUCUGUUUAUGCUGCACGCUGGAAACUGUACUUGCUAGUUGCUACAUGUUGGUGUGUGAGUUAUUUUCUUAUUUCCCCUUAAUCUAUUUGCAGGAUUAGAACAGGCAUAUUAUUUUAGCGUUGUGACUGCCUCAGCAUUCCCCCCCAGCCACUUCUUUAGUGGGGGGGGCUCUUUUGUUUCUUUGUGGGGCGAGGAAGGCAAGGAGGGAAUCUAUUUUUAGUUCAACUGUUGAAUUGUGGGGAAUUGGGAGGGCUGGGGGAAAUCUGCUUGGUUGAAAUAUAUUAAGCAAAACAGUAACAACAGAAAUAGACCCGGAGUGGGGGGAGGAGGUGGUGUGUGGUUAUUUUAUUUAAAAAAAAAUUUUCUUUUGCAUUAAAAGGAAAAAUUUAAAAGCAUCUAGAUUAUUAAUGGGAAGGACGACCGGUGAAUUUGUUGUUUGUAUUUUAAUAGCACCUCAGUCCAGAUUGGGGCCCUGUUUUGCCAGGCACUGCGCCUGCACAUAGGAAAUAGUCCAUGAAUAUAGCACUUACACUGUAAACAAAGGAAGGGAGAAAGGAAAUAUUAUUUAUUAAGAGACAGACAUUAAAGGCCUGAUUUUCCACUCAACUGUAGCUUGUCAGUGGGUAAAGGGGGUGUGUGAUACUACCAUUCUGGGUUGGUAGCAUUUUAUAUCCACUUUGCAUGGAUAUAAAUAACGCAAGGUGCAAGGCAGGGAGAAUGGGCCCUUUGACUUGCCCCUAUCUGCACAGGUGUUCUUAGGCAGAGCUGGUAAUUGAACCAGGGCUUUGAGCGGAUCCCGGAGCUGGAGCGCGGAGCAGCUCUGGAGCAGUGGAGCUGCAGGUUUUUGCCUGGAGCUGGGGCGGAACCGGAGCACAGCUCCAAAGCCCUGAAUUGAACCCACAUCUCUUGAGUCCCAGACCACAGCUUUAACCACCAGAUCAUCUUGUCACAGUUUCAGGGUUAACCCCAGACCUCUGCCUCUUGGGUCUUAAAGGUUUCAGGCUUCCCAGCUAUUACCUCUCUCGGGCAGAGAUCCAGUCUCUCUUCCUCCAUAUCUGGGGGUUUAGACUUGAAGUCGGUCUGCACUUCUGUGUGUUUUUCCCAGCAGUAGUGCUGACCAGUAUCCAGCGCCCGUGAUUAAUCUUUCCCCAGGGGCUACAACAGUGUAUACCAGUUAAUAGCCAGCCUUCACAAAACCAAAUACAUUUAUUCUGAGGGAGAAAGAAUUGCAGAGAAAACAGAUAAAAAAGCCCAAAAGUUCCUGACCACAUGCUAAAAUCUCACCAGAGCUCAUCGCUCCAUUUAUUGGGCUCUAGCAAGCCAAAGUCCUUCCAAUCCUUCUGCAAGAAGAUAGAAUCAUAGAAUAUCAGGGUUGGAAGGGACCUCAGGAGGUCAUCUAGUCAAC